AUGAAAGGUGUGUCGCUGGCAUUCCGCUUGUGCAUCUUCUGGCUGUUGGUACUGAAGCUUCUGCUACACCUCGUGGGAACCCACGCAAAGAGAAACACUCUCCCAAGCGAGAGGUACAAAAGCAUCUUAACAAAUGAAUCUUAUAUAUGUCGUGGGAAUAGGAGAGGGGGAGGAAUUCCUUUGAAUGGUCAUGGAGAAGGGCGGAGGAAAAACUGGGGAAGCAAAGCCCACCCAUAUGGUUACCUCUUCAGUAGGGCCAUUUCCAAAGCGUAUAGGAAUGGAGGCCGCGCGGCAGGAGGAGAUGAGGACGGGGAGCAAGGGAGAAGGAUGAAGAAGAAGAACAACACACUAUACGCAGAAAAUUACAAAAUAAGUUUGACCGACAAACCCAUCAUCGAAGAGGUACCUAGAAAUGUGAAGGGAAGAAUAAAUGAAUGGAUACCCGAAUUUGAUGAAGAUAAUAAAUUAGGUUUUUUUCCAAUCCUGUUGGAGGAAAUGUCUAAUGAACCAUCUCCACUUCAAGUAGGGUUCGAAGAUUAUAUGCAAUUCAAUGGUGAAAAUGUAGAAAGCAUUUUUAAAAAUAUGACUAGGGAAGUAACCCUAAAUGGAAAUAAAACCAAAAUUUUUGGUAUGUGUUUUUUUAAUCACAAAACAGGAGUUCUGGCUCCAUUAGCAGUGUAUGCAGAAAUAAAGGAUGUUACAAAAGUAGGAAAUAAUUUAGCUGUUAAGGGGAUAGUACGGGGUCGAAUUAUAAUUGACGAUAUUAUUGCUCAGGAUCCAUGCAUAUUAGGCAAGAUAUCCCCAAUUGAGGAUAAGAAGGGCUUAUCUGAUGGAGAGGAGAGCUUAAAAAUGGUGGACGAAAUUAUUAGGAUUCAUUCUCAGUGCACAAGUAUGGAGUCUCAACUGAUGGAGCAACUUGAUCAGUCAUAUGCUUCUAUGAAUAUUAAGUUAAGAAAUGAUUUAAAAGAUUCCAUAGAUGCAAAAUUGGAGAAAUUUCAAAUAGAUCCUUCUGAUCCUGAACAAAGACAAGCUUUCGUCCAAAUUGCUUCUUUUGCUGCUUUUGAUUUUCACCUUAUGAUUGUUGAUAGGUAUGAUGCCUUGAUGUUGCAGAACUCGGAAGACAGACUCAGAUUCGUCCGAGAUAAGAUUAGACAGAAGCAGAAGCAGCUAGCUAUUAUUAAAAACACUCCCAAGGAGAAGCUCCAGGAGAUCCUCGAGCAAGUGCAGACUCUUAAAAAUCAAGGAGCCCCAGGCGCGAAUUAUAAUGCCCCCCCUGGAGAGGCAGCUACGAGGGGCGGCUUAUGA